UACCGGGGUAGUGAGCAGGACGCGAGUUCCCGGGCAACUUUGUAACAGCGAGGAGUCGCGCGCCACCAGAGCGAGCAGCCGCAGUAGAGACGCAGCAGCACCGAUACCGGCACCGACACCGACACCGAGGAAAAUGGCUGACCAGCUGACCGAGGAGCAGAUUGCUGAGUUCAAGGAGGCCUUCUCCCUCUUCGACAAGGACGGCGAUGGCACCAUCACCACCAAGGAGCUGGGCACGGUGAUGCGCUCGCUGGGCCAGAACCCCACCGAGGCCGAGCUGCAGGACAUGAUCAACGAGGUGGACGCCGACGGUAACGGCACGAUCGACUUCCCAGAGUUCCUGACCAUGAUGGCGCGGAAGAUGAAGGACACGGACAGCGAGGAGGAGAUCCGAGAAGCCUUCCGCGUGUUCGACAAGGAUGGCAACGGCUACAUCAGCGCGGCAGAGCUGCGCCACGUCAUGACCAACCUGGGGGAGAAGCUGACGGACGAGGAGGUGGACGAGAUGAUCCGGGAGGCCGACAUCGACGGCGACGGCCAGGUCAACUACGAAGAGUUUGUGCAGAUGAUGACUGCAAAGUGAAGCGUCUUUCUUCCAUUGCCUGUUCUUCUUGAUCACUCUGUCUAUAUAUAUAAAAAAAUCUACAAAAAAAUCUUUACUGUUUAAAUUCUACAGUCUGGUUCGGAUUUAACUCCAAAGGCAUCUGUCAACGAAUUAGAGCAGGGGGGAGGCAAAGCGUCACAAUCUUCAACGUGCAUGAGAUCUCUUCGUUCUGAACAGCCCGAUUUUCCCAAAUUAGACCAAAAGGAAAAGACAGAACCAGCGACAGAGGCAGUUUUUUUGUUCGUUGAACAAGAGCAGUUCACCAUCGAAGCAUUUUCUGUUUGUAACAAUUUAACCGUGCAGCUCGCUGGAAACGGGAGUGUUUCGGAGAGCCAGUUCCGACACCUGCAUGUGCCUGGCUUGGCGGUUUCUUGUUACAGUAGGGCUCCUGAUCCUACACUAGAAGGAGAUGCUGGGUUGUGUACAGAAGGAGGCUAUAUAUACACAUGUAAAAUCUUUAUUUUAGAGAGGUGGUACAAGCUGGUGAGAUCUUAAUGGGGCUGGGAUGCAGGGUGUGGAAUGAGUGUAAAGCUCUAUAGGUUUAUUUGAUUUUUUUCUAACUUUUAAAACUUACCACAGCAUCAAGCUAGAAUAGGGCAAUGCAUUGAUACUGUUGUUUUAGGGAAACCGUGUGAGAAAAAUAAGUAGUUGCGUUAGGCAGCCCAAGAAAGCAUUGCUGUAAAUACUUAAUUUGCAAAAAAAUAAACAUGUAAAUGUAAUGCUUUUCAAAUGUGCAUUAUUAACAAAUAUGGUGUCGUAAACUGUGCGUUGCCUAAUAUUAAUAUAAUGGUAUGGCCUGUGACUUUUUUUCCCUUGGUUUUGAAAUAAAUGUGCCAUAAUAAGAUCUUGAGCCUCAACUUUUUUGCAAGAUGACUUUUAGUACAUUAAAAUAUAUAUUUGCACUUAAACAUUUUGUGUACAAGAAUGAACUCUACGAUGUAAUAACCGAAAACCAAAUCUGCUGCUGCUGCUGCUCCUUGUGUCUGCUGGGUUGUGAGCUGUUCGGUGCACAUGUUGUCCUAGAAGUGCUGCAGUACUGCUCCAUGCUCUGCUCGCUGUCUGACUGAACCGAGGCGCUGGGGGGGGUUUGGGGCGCAAGUGAUCCUUAGGCCAGUGGCAUGAGUGUUAGGAAUGAGGUCUUGAACAGCUUCUGUCUUUUAGUUUGCUGUACAAGAGACUGUGUAGUAAUAAAAGCUCUUGCAGUUUCUUGCUCCUGCUUCAGUCUGCUAAGGGCGUUGUCAAGGGGGCCUCCGUCUGCGAGGUGCAGCGGGGGUCGGGCCCUGGGGGGACCGGGGAGGCGAAAGGCCUUGACUAUAGCUGUUCAGUCUGUGCAAGUUGCGUCUCAAUUACAAGCUGUGAAAUAUCAAUGUUUUCCAAUAAAACCUGAAAUUGA